GGCCCUACCGAGCCACCAAGCUGCAAGUAAAACUAGAUGACUGGGUCAUAGACAUUCAUCUCUACUUGAUGGACAAUGUGGCAACUUAUAUCACGAAGAUCUCUGUGAACACCAUGGAAGGAAUUCUUGCCUUCAUCUGUGCAAACAGUCUACUGUGGACAUCCAGAAUAAUUGAUUCAUUUAAAGAAAUUCAAUACAUCUAAAUUUAAGUUUUACUUUGGGUCUGCUUCCAAGAGUGGAAUGAAACUGUUGAGCUUUUUCGCACUAGGAUGCCUUUACGGAAACACCGCUGUCGUUUCAAAAGUUAUGAUCAUUGCUUCACAGCGGCUGAAGCUGUAGAUUGGCUGCAUGAACUGCUGAGGUGCAGUCAAAACUUUGGCCCUGAGGUGACCCGUAGACAAACAGUCCAGCUGCUGAAAAAAUUCCUGAAGAAUCAUGUUAUUGAAGACAUCAAGGGAAGAUGGGGGCAGGAGGAUUUUGAAGACAACCGUCAGCUAUACAGAUUUCCUCCUUCCUCACCCCUGAAACCAUAUCCAAAGAAGCUUCCCUACCAAAAGGAUGUUAUUAAAUUUCCAGAGUGGAAUGAUCCCCCACUGGGCACUUCACAAGAGAACAUUCCUGUGAGGCCAGUGGUGAUGAAUUCUGAGAUGUGGUUCAAGCGUCACAGCAUUGCUAUUGGAGAGGUACCUGCUUGCCGUCUGGUCCACCGCAGACAGCUGACAGAGGCCAAUGUAGAAGAGAUAUGGAAGUCUAUGACAUUAUCCUAUUUACAGAAAACUCUUGGCCUGGGUUCCUUAGAAGAAGUUUUAGAUGUUAAAUUUGUUAACCCCAAGUUCAUCAUUCAUAAUGUUUAUAGUGUGAGCAAACAGGGAGUUGUUAUUCUUGAUGACAAGUCACAAGAACUUCCUUAUUGGGUACUGUCAGCUAUGAAGUGUUUGGCAAAUUGGCCUAAUUGUUCUGAUUUGAAACAGCCUAUGUACUUAGGAUUUGAGAAAGAUGUCUUUAGAACAAUAGCAGAUUACUAUGGUCAUUUGAAAGAACCUCUGCUUACAUUUCAUCUUUUUGAUGCCUUUGUCAGUGUAUUAGGUUUGUUACAGAAAGAGAAAAUGGCCAUUGAAGCAUUUCAGAUUUGCUGCCUCCUUCUGCCACCAGAAAAUAGGAGAAAGUUACAGCUGUUGAUGCGGAUGAUGGCAAGGAUCUGCUUAAAUAAGGAGAUGCCACCAUUGUGUGACGGCUUUGGCACCCGAACACUGAUGGUUCAGACAUUUUCCCGUUGCAUCUUGUGCUCCAAGGACGAAGUGGACUUGGAUGAGUUAUUAGCUGCUAGGUUGGUGACGUUUCUGAUGGACAAUUACCAGGAGAUUCUGAAAGUACCUGUGGCUUUGCAGACCUCCAUAGAAGAGCGUGUGGCUCAUCUACGAAGGGUCCAGAUAAAAUAUCCAGGAGCUGAUAUGGAUAUUACUUUAUCUGCCCCAUCAUUUUGCCGACAAAUUAGUCCAGAGGAGUUUGAAUACCAAAGAGCAUAUGGCUCUCAGGAACCACUGGCAGCCUUGUUGGAGGAAGUCAUAAUAGACACCAAACUCUCUACCAAAGAGAAGAAGAAAAAAUUGAAGCAGUUUCAAAAAUCUUAUCCUGAAGUCUACCGAGAACGAUUUCCUACGCCAGAAAGUGAAGCACUUCUGUUUCCUGAAAAGCCGAAACCAAAACCACAGCUGCUGAUGUGGGCGCUAAAAAAUCCUUUCCAACCAUUUCAAAGAACUAGAAGUUUUCGAAUGUAAUACUUCUAUAGCCAUUAGAGAUGUCUGCUAUGGCUGUUUUGAAUAAAUGGGUGAAUAGAAGAAAGGAUUAUGAUGAUGGAAAAAUGAAGCGCAUGAAAUAGACUACUGAAAUAUAAAGAUUAUCUGAUUUCAAAAAAUAUCGAGCCAUUUCAGUAUUUUUAUAAAACUCAUUGCUGUUUUUAAGUGUGCAAAUUACUUAAAAAUUAUGAGACAAGCAGAUAGUGGUAAUGUUAACAUGCUUGUAAUUGUUACAAAAUUUAAAGGUAUUUUCAUUUAUUUGUUGUUUUUCAUGGUGUUUAUAAAAUACUUGAGUGUACAUCCUAGUUAUGGAUGUCUUUGUUACAAGCAGGUCUUAAUAAUAGUGUAUAUACUUGAACAAGAAAGGCACUGAGUACUGUUACUGUGAUGCUAUUGACUUAAUAGCCAAUUGUGACUUCUUGUAAAUUCUGUUUGUCAUUGUUGCACAAAGAUUUUUGAUGUCCUAUAUUAUAACUGUCUUUUAUUGCAGAUUUGUUAAAUGGUAUGGCAGAUUUACUAAAGCUGGUUCUUUUAAAACAUAUAUAUUAGUCGGUGUUUACCUUGCGUGGAAUAGAUUUUCAUCUGCCUGCAGUGGUAUAAUGUUAGUCUUGGCUGUAGAUGGAAAAUUAGAGUGGAUAAAUUUAUACAGUUCCUUAAACCUGCGAUUCUAAGUGAAAAUCUUGUUUCAUGGAAAAUACAAAUGGGUUAAGUAAAAUGAGACUACUGCUACUUCCUUCAUAAAGAUAUUUUCCCAGCCUCCUCAUCCAUUUGAAAGUAAAUGGAAUGUAAAUAAAUACUUUUUUUUUUAAUACUGCACCUGGUGAUUCUCUUUUGGCAUUUAAGCCAGAUGGCAUCCUCAAAAUGCUAUUAUUGCAGCACUAUUUACAAUAGGUAAAACCUGGAGACAACCCAAAUGCCCAAAAUAGAUGACUGGAUCAAGAAAAUGUGGUAUAUAUACACAAUGGAAUAUUAUUCAGCAAUCAAAAAAGAUAUGCCAUUCGCAGCAACAUGGAUGGAGCUAGAAGGAGUUAUGCUCAGUGAAAUAAGCCAGAAGGAAAAAGAAAAAUAUUGGAUGGUUUCACCUAUAACAGGAAUAUAGGGGAACCAAAUAAGACAUCAGUGUAAAAAAAAAAUAAUAGCAGUACAAAACACAACAAAGCAAAAACAGACAAUCAUAUAUCAGAGACAUAUUGCAGGGGAGGAGGAGGGAGAGGGAUCAGAGAGAGAGAGGGAGCAGCAUGGGAGACUGGUGAUGGUGUGCGGGUGCCUUGGGGAAGGAAAUUCU